AUCAGUAAAAUCUGCAUGCAUAGUGGAAGACAACAGCAGAACCAUGGGCUUUCUCAGUUUUUGUCUUACCAUGAUUCUUCUGAACUCCAGCCUGCUGAUCUCAGCAAAUGGUGGUCACGGUCAUGAUCACGAUGAUUAUGAGCACUGCCGGAGGUCUACUAACUCUGUAACUGCAUGUGAGGGCUCUGUUCUGCGUCUGUCCUGUCCUGGACAUACUAAGAUCAAGAUCCUUGCUGCAAACUAUGGACGUACAGAUAAAAAAACCUGCAAUAUAAAUCUUUCACCUCGUCAAGUCCGAAACACCAACUGCCGUUCAUCAAACUCUCUGCCCCGUGUGUCAGCAAGGUGUGAUGGAUGUGAGAGCUGCUAUGUACCAGCCACCAAUGGUGUAUUCUCUGAUCCGUGUCCUCGCACAUACAAGUACUUGACAGUCAAAUACUGCUGCAGGCGUCGAUGGAGCUGAUCUUGUGGAUUUGGGCUGAUUUCUCUGCCAGUGUCUCCUCAGCAUUUACUUUUAAUAAAUGCCUAAAUGGAAA